CAAAGUUGAAAAGAGCGAGCUUCUGACAACUAGUAACCCCAAUUACGACCAACUCGUGAGACGAUAUAAACAUUUGAAUUCGGUCAAAAUGGACGAACGCGACACAAAGAGUGAGCUACCCAUUCACCUCGUGCUGGGAAACGGCGAGUAUGCUCGGAUAAAAACAAGGACCAAACCCCUGGUAGGAAAGGACGGUGAUCCCGUGGCGGAAUUUACAAGGUUUGGUUGGAUGAUCAUGAGUCCUGGAAUCGAGUUGGACCAGAAUACGAUGCUACUGACCACAACAUCUCAAAACGAUUUCGAGCGAUUGUGUCGGUUAGACGUCCUCGGUCUUGAAGAUCCCACCGAGGAAGGCUCUCAAGCGAUUUACGAUGAUUUUAAAGACGAGCUCACACGCGACAAAGAAGGCUGGUACGAGACUAGCUUACCGUGGAAAUCGCAUCAUCCACACCUUCCGUCGAACGAAAGAGGAAGCAUAAGGAGACUUAACAACCUGGUGAAACGUCUCGAGAAAAGAGGAAUUUACAAAGAGUACAACGACAUUAUUCAAGAUCAGCUCGUGAAAGGUAUUGUCGAACCAGCACCUGCCACAGCAAAGGGUAAAGAGUUUUACAUUCCCCACAAGCCCGUCGUAAAGGAGACCGCAGAGACGACGAAACUUCGGGUCGUUUACGACGCGUCCGCCAAAGAAUCGGCAUCUGAUCCAUCCUUGAACGAAUGCUUGAACCCUGGCCCACCACUCCAGAACCACCUGUGGGAUAUUUUAGUUCGUCUACGUUUCCUCCCCAUCGUGCUGACCGCUGAUCUCGAGAAAGCCUUCCUGCAAGUCCGGAUACGCGAAAACCAACGAGAUUCCCUACGCUUCCAUUGGAAGGCACCAGAUAGUGACGACCUCACAGUCUAUCGGUUUACUAGGGCGCUGUUUGGGCUGACCUGUUCUCCCUUCCUUCUUGGAGGUGUCCUGAACGAACACCUAAAGAGUUGGGAGAAAAGAUAUCCGGCUCUGGUGGAAGAGAUAAAAGGCGGCCUGUAUGUCGAUGAUGUGAUGGAGGGAGGUGAUAAUGUUGAAGAGGUCAAAGAGAAGAAAGCGAAGACGGUUAGUAUUUUUGAGGAUGCCACUUUCCACCUGCAUAAAUGGCACUCAAACGCCUCUGAACUCGAGGAUACCGACCAGAGCGCCAAUGAAGGCAACGUGGGCAACCCGGAAACUACCUUCGCGAAACAGCAGCUGGGCACAAAGGGGACUGAGACAAAGAUCCUCGGUAUGGGUUGGAACAAAGCUCAAGACCGUUUAAGUGUUGUAGUAAACAAAGAACGAGACGCAGCAUCUACGAAAAGGGAGGCCCUGUCGCAGGUUGCAAGUGUGUACGACCCACUCGGCCUGGUUUCCCCAACUACCCUAGUAGCAAAACUACUGUACCGUGAAAUGUGUGAAGAGCAACUUGCCUGGGAUGAAGAACUUAACGGUUCUUUGAAGAGACGGUGGAAAGAGUGGUACGAAAACCUGCCAGGCCAGUACACGGUCCCUCGAACUUUAGCCCCUCACAGAGAGCCAGUACAGUCAAUCACCCUUCACGGAUUCGGGGAUGCCAGUAAGAACGGAGUUUCUGCGGUCGUCUACGCAGUCGCAGAGCAAGAGAGCGGAACAACCCAAGGUAUCGUGUGUGCAAAGUCCAGACUUGCGAAGAAGAGCCUCACGAUUCCCCGUUUAGAGCUUGUCGCUGGUCAUAUGACCGCAAACUUAGUGACGAACGUCGAGCGAGCGAUCGGAAUGGAGAAGGUGACCGAGAUACACUGUUGGUUGGACUCGACAGUCGCGUUAUAUUGGAUCAAUGGACAAGGCGAGUACCGGCAAUUCGUAUCCAACCGAGUGAAAAAGGUCAAAGAACUCGACCGGAUCAGAUGGCAUCACGUCCCAACGAACGAGAAUCCCGCUGACCUAGGGAGCCGCGGAGGAGAUGUGGUGGGAAACGAGUUAUGGAAGCACGGUCCACGUGGCUUAACAACCAGGAGACGUGGCCACCGGAAGUUGUGCCUGUGGCGAGUUCGGAUUCGAAGCAAGAGGAAAAACCGUCGACGCGAGUUUUGGUCACGAUGA